AACCACCUCAGACACAUGCCAAAAAGGCAUGCCCUACGGAACACCUACCACGGUGCACCAGGUCCACGGUGCACCGGGCUCUCCUACGCACCCACGCGGCGGCGCCCGCGGUGCGCUAUAUAUACCCCACGGACGGCCCGGAUGCCUCCACCCCCCGCAUCGCACCCGCCCGGGCCGCCUUCUCUUCUGCAGCGUCCGAUCUCCCACUCGCCGCCCUCCCCGCGCGCUCGUCGCUCGCUUCCCCACCUCGGCCCCCGCCCUCCCCGCGCGCUCGCCACCUCGCCUCUCCUCCUUCCACGUCGCGCGCGCUCGCGCUUAUAUAGGGAGGAGCGUAUGGCGGACGGACCGGCGAGCCCCGGGGGUGGCGGCGGGAGCCACGAGAGCGGGAGCCCCGGGGGCGGCGGCGGAGGUGGCGGAGGCGGCGUCAGGGAGCAGGACAGGUUCCUGCCCAUCGCCAACAUCAGCCGCAUCAUGAAGAAGGCCAUCCCAGCCAACGGGAAGAUCGCCAAGGACGCCAAGGAGACCGUGCAGGAGUGCGUCUCCGAGUUCAUCUCGUUCAUAACCAGCGAGGCGAGCGACAAGUGUCAGAGGGAGAAGCGGAAGACCGUCAACGGCGACGACCUGCUGUGGGCGAUGGCCACGCUGGGGUUCGAGGACUACAUCGAACCCCUGAAGGUGUACCUCCAGAAGUACAGAGAGAUGGAGGGUGAUAGUAAGUUAACUGCUAAAGCUGGUGAUGGCUCUGUUAAAAAGGAUGCCCUUGGUCAAGGGGGAGCAAGUAGCUCAGCCAUGCAAGGGAUGGUCCAACAAGGAGCAUACAACCAAGGAAUGGGUUAUAUGCAACAUCAGUACCGUAAUGGAGACAUCUCAAACUGAAGGUACGAAGUUUUUCUUGCGACAGCUGCUCCUCCGCCAGGUGGGUUUUCGUGGAUGAGCAGAGUAACCUGCUGCCCCCAAUAGGCCCGUUUUUAUCUGCCAGAACUGAUGAGGCUGCUUCCCAGAUGUAAAUUGCUUCCCUGAGAAUAGUUUCGGUUGUGGUCUAGCAUCAUGGUUGUAUGUAUGUUAAUUCAGAAUAAUUUAGCAAUUGGAUUUUGGCCGCGAUUUGGUUCCAUAUAUUUGUAUUGGGAGGCAUAAACAUUGUGUUAUUGUAAACUUGUGUAUUAAACUAUGAGAUGAGCUGCUUUAGUUGUAACCACCCGUAUCCUUGUUGUAUCAGUAGGCAUCAUGUUUACUGGAGGCCCAGAAUAUUCAGUUGCUCAUCCUUGGAUA